CUGUAGCCCGCCUCCGGUGUGCCGCGCAGAGGAGGAGUUGCAGAAAACUCCAAAUACUCUUUUUUUGGGAAGUGCUGACGCGGACAACCGUUCAGUGCAGCUGUGCUUCAGAGGUUCGGAAAGACGACAUGCCAGGGCUCACGUUUUUGCCUUACUUCUGUCUUUUCUGUUUCUUCCUUGAGGUUCGCGCUUACUUUAACGAGGAACAGUUGUACCCGGAAUCCAUCGUGCAGAAUCCGACGGUGGUGAUUGCAAUUAUUGCCCGCAAUGCCGCUCACUCUUUGCCUUACUAUCUGGGAGCGAUCGAGAGGCUCGACUACCCUAAAGACCGCAUCUCCAUCUGGGCUGCAACCGAUCACAAUAUCGACAACACCACAGCGGUCCUGAGGGAGUGGCUCACUGUUAUGCAGAAGUAUUACCAUAAAAUAGAAUGGAGACCCAUGGAGGAACCCAAAUCAUACCCAGGAGAGAUGGGUCCCAAGCACUGGACCAAUGGAAGAUAUGAAUAUGUCAUGAAGCUGAAGCAGGUGGCCUUAAACUUUGCUAAAAGACAGUGGGCUGACUACAUCCUGUAUUGUGACACAGAUAAUAUUUUGACCAACCCCAAGACUCUGAGCCUAAUGAUUGCUGAGAACAAGUCUGUCAUUGCACCAAUGCUCGAUUCCCAGAGUGCUUACUCCAACUACUGGUGUGGAAUCACCCCACAGGGUUACUACCGUCGCACCGCUGAGUAUUUCCCCACCAAGCACCGCCUCCGACUUGGCUGCUUUCCGGUGCCAAUGGUACAUUCAACAUUCCUUCUGGAUCUGCGCAGGGAGGCGGUCAAGCAACUGGCAUUUCAUCCUCCUCAUCCUGACUAUUCCUGGCCUUUUGAUGACAUCAUUGUGUUUUCCUUCUCCUGCCGUGUCUCAGAUGUACAGAUGUAUGUUUGCAACAAGGAGCGGUAUGGAUACCUGAAUGUUCCUGCAAAACCACAUCAAACCGUUGAAGAUGACAGGGUCAACUUUAUUCACCUGCAGCUUGAAUCGAUGAUUGAUGGACCCCCCAUGUACCCCUCCCAGUAUGUGUUCCUGCCUCCUCCUCAUCCUGACAAAAUGGGUUUUGAUGAGGUAUACCUGAUUAACCUGCGUAGACGACCAGACCGCAGAGAGAGGAUGCUGAACUCAUUGUACGAACAAGAAAUUGAUGUCAAAGUGGUGGAUGCAGUAGAUGGCAGUGCCCUAAACAGCAGUGAUAUUAAAAGUCUUGGUGUUGACCUCCUUCCUGGCUAUUAUGAUCCAUACUCUGGCAGGACCCUUACUAAAGGGGAGGUGGGCUGCUUCCUCAGUCAUUACUACAUCUGGAAGGAGAUUGUGGACCUACAACUUGACAAGGCUUUGGUUUUUGAGGACGACGUUCGUUUUCAAGGCAAUUUUAAGAGGCGACUCAUGAGACUGAUGGAGGAGAUAGAACUGGUGGAGCUCGAUUGGGAUCUUAUAUAUCUUGGACGAAAGCAGGUGAAUCCCACAAAGGAGGAAGAAGUGGAGAAUGUGCAAAAUCUGGUUGUAGCCGACUAUUCUUACUGGACCCUGUCAUAUGUCAUUUCACUACAGGGAGCACUGAAGCUCCUCAAUGCAGAACCGCUCACCAAGAUGUUGCCAGUUGAUGAGUUCCUGCCCCUCAUGUACGAUAAACACCCUAAUGAGCAGUACAAGACGCACUUCCUGAACAGGAAUUUGCAGGUGUACUCCACACACCCUUUGUUGGUUUUUCCCUGCCAUUAUGCAGGGGAUCCAGAGUGGGUGAGCGACACAGAAACCUCAACUCUCUGGGACAACGAUUCAGUGAAGACAGACUGGCGGGGAUCACACAAAAUGCUAAAGGGUUCACCAUACCAAAGUACCACCUCACGGGAUGAACUUUAAAAUCCUCCUCUACCUGCCUCCGUCCAUUUCCUUAUGUUUGUAAGGUUGUGGGAUGCCAGAACCAGACCCAAACCAGCAAUGGGUGCAAAGUGAGACUGCCCAAGAAAAUACUGAAGAAUUUCAAUAGACCUCAGCUGAGGGUUCUGGAGAGACCAAAGAGCAGUGCGUCAAACCGGAAAAGAGUCCGAGGACACACAGAGCUCGCAGAGUCUGGCAGAACUGUACUUGAAUGGGACUAGAAAGAAUAAUUUUACAAGUUUCAGGAUACAUUUUUAAAGUAAAUGUUAUUUAACAAGGA